GCUGUGGCUCUUCUUUAUUUCAAGAGCCGUUCGAAUCCUUUUGCUUGUUCCCUUCUUUUCAAGCGCCGUCGAGAGAGAACGCGAGCGCCCGCGGCGCCCAUCGCCGCCGCUUCUCCAGGUUCGAUUCCUCAAAUUCUCCCUCGCUUUUACCUUCUCCGAUCGAUUGUUCAUCUUUAAUCGCUUCGAACCCUCUCGAUUCGCUCUCUAGGGUUUCUCUAGGGUUCCAGUUUUUGAUCGAUCCCUAUAAAUAGAUUCAUUCUCGGAAACGGAAGAGUCAGGGUCGGUGGAUGUUUGAAUCUUUCAUGAUUUAAGAUUUAGGGUCCCAAUUUCUAGCUAGGGUUUGUAGUUUAGAUCCGCCCCUUUCGAUUUCUAGGGUUUCGUUCCGUUCGCGGGCUCCGAAUCUUGUGGUUUUGAUGGCGUCGGGCCGACACGGGGGUCUGCGAGACCACGAAUUCAGGGGCCUCGAAUUGGAUAAGGAGGCGUCGAGAAGGAAGGAGCUUUACCUGGAUCGAAUCCAUGACCGGGAGGGCGACAGGAGGCGUGGUCGCGAUUCGGGAGUUAGGGGUAGGGAUACACAAGGAGACUUUAAGAAGAGGGAUUCUUUGAAUGGCUAUCGUGGCCACCAUCACCAGCAGCAGGAGAAGCAGCAGCGCACCACUGAGAAUGGAAAUUAUUCAGGCGGUGGUGCCAGGAAUGAUCAGAAAAGGAACCGGGUUUCUGGGAGGUCGGUAGAUCGGGAGGCUGGGGAACUGUCGAGUGGUAGCGGAUCUGAUGUCCCGGAGGCACCUCAGCCGCAGACUGAAGAUAAUGGGUUUCGGGAUAGAGAAAAUGGUUGCUUGUUACCUUCUCCGAGCAAGAAGAGGAAAUUCUCUCCUAUUGUGUGGGAUAGGGAUGAUGGGAAACAGUCUACUACUUUUAAUAAAGGAAAUAUAAAAGAAUCGGUUGAGCCAGCCGAACUCCCCCCGCCACCUCCUUUGCCUAGCGGGCAUUUCUCACCGAAUUUAAUAGAUUUACCUCAUGAUCGUGAGUUGGGCGGUUAUCAGGAAGCUGAGCAGAUGGAAGAGGACGAUUGUGAGUACCCUGUCGCAAGGAACAUUUCAUCUUCUCGCUGGGCGGAUGGGAAUGAUGCACUUGAUGAUGAAAAAAAUGAAGAAGGCGAGGCUGUGCCGCAGAAAAAGAGAAGCACUUCGCCAGCUGAUUCGUUAGACAAAAGUUCACUUAAGAAAGUACCAAGCCCUGAGCUUGGAGAGAUUGUGAGGGAGGAUUCAGCAGGGACAGCAUCCAGGUCGUCUGGUUCAGGUCGGGACGACUACAUGGAUGUUGAUAGGGAUGAACCAGACAGCUAUGUGUCUGAACGAAUGACUGAGACAGAGUCAGAGGAUGAGGAUUAUGGGGCUAAAACCCCUGAACCUGUACAACCGCCCCAAAGAUGUAUUAACAUGCUGCAAGGGUGCAGGAGUGUUGAUGAGUUUGAGAGGCUCAACAAGAUAGACGAAGGCACUUACGGAGUUGUGUACAGAGCAAGGGAUAAGAAGACUGGUGAGGUUGUUGCGCUGAAGAAGGUGAAGAUGGAGAAGGAACGAGAGGGUUUCCCAUUGACCUCUUUGAGGGAGAUAAACAUUUUGUUGUCUUUUCAUCACCCUUCGAUUGUUGAUGUUAAGGAAGUUGUUGUAGGUAGCAGCCUAGAUAGUAUAUUCAUGGUAAUGGAGUACAUGGAGCAUGAUCUUAAAGGGCUCAUGGAAACGAUGAAGCAACCCUUUAGUCAGAGUGAGGUUAAGUGCUUAAUGCUGCAGCUGUUGGAGGGUGUCAAGUAUCUUCACGACAACUGGGUAUUGCACAGGGAUCUUAAGACUUCAAAUAUUCUUUUGAAUAACCGUGGUGAGUUGAAAAUAUGUGACUUUGGACUAGCUCGUCAAUAUGGCAGCCCAUUAAAGCCGUAUACACAGUUGGUCGUGACUUUGUGGUAUAGGGCACCUGAGCUUCUUUUAGGAGCAAAAGAAUAUUCUACUGCUAUCGAUAUGUGGUCGUUGGGUUGUAUAAUGGCUGAACUUUUAGCUAAGGAACCACUUUUUAAUGGAAAAACUGAGUUCGACCAGCUUGACAAGAUAUUUAGAGCACUUGGUACACCGAAUGAGAAGAUAUGGCCAGGGUUUGCUAAGUUGCCUCGUGUGAAAGUAAACUUUGUCAAGCAGCCAUAUAACAGGCUGCGGGAAAAGUUCCCACCAACCUCAUUUUCUGGACGGCCAACCUUGUCAGAAGCUGGAUUUGACUUGCUGAACAAACUACUAACUUACGACCCUGAGAAGCGUAUAACAGCAGAAGAUGCUCUUAAGCACGAUUGGUUUCGUGAAGUUCCUCUGCCUAAAUCGAAGGAUUUCAUGCCAACUUUUCCUGCUCAACAUGCCCAGGACAGGCGUCUAAGAAGGGUUAUGAAGAGUCCAGAUCCACUUGCAGAGCAGCGAAUAAAAGAAUUACAACAAGGAGAGUUAGGUACAAGCAGCAUUUUUGGUUAAUUAAGGCAUAAAUUCUGGAGCAUGCUGCUAUUGAUGAUUGCUGCCAUACUUGAGCAUUUGUCAUUGUGGAUUGAUUUUUCUGAGGUGAGCCACAUGCAUUGAAAGUGCAGUAUCUCAAUAUGUUCGGCAAGCACUGAUGCUGUUAUUUAGCAGGCACCCUUGGUGAUUGGGUGGAUAACAUUGCUCUUCCUAUCAUACGUCAAAACAAAUACUAUGCAGGAUUAAUUGUUCUCCAACCAGUUCAUGAGAUAUAGCAAACCAUAUAAUGCAACAUGCACUGCAAGGUCUGGCUUAUUGGCUUUUAUUGCUAGAGUCAGUAUCACAUUAGAAACCAUAUUCUGUAGCAUAUUGCGUACUAUGUUGUAAACAAUUUUAAGAACCUUGUUCUUAAUCUCACAAGUUUACGAAUAAUUUGUGUACAUUAUUCGUGCCUUUUGCUUUGAUUUUUGCAUUUAUUUUGCAAGAGACGAUGUGAAGCGGAGGAUGGUUAUUGCCUUUUUCCUGAAAGAAGUGGUGUUCGUUUUUCCUGAAGGAAUUGUGGGAAAGAAUUCUCGCAAGUAAAAAAGACAGCAACUUGAAUGGGGUAGGUGAUACUACCAGAGCAAUUCAAGUACAUUUCAGCCACAAUAUGCUGUACAAGGCCGAGGGCUUGUUUCUAAAUUCGCGUGCUGAUCCAAAAGCAGCUCCUCAAUGUCAAGCUAACAAGCUGACCAAGUAGGCUUUUAUCGAGCCAAGAUUUAGUUCAAGCCGAGUAUGAGCUAUAAUUGCGGACGAGGAGCUUACUUGAAGAGAAGCCAGCCAGAAGGCGGAGAAAGCUUUCUGAAAUUUUACACUGAGCUUAACUAUUCCUUCUUGAUACUUUGCCGGAUCUCUGGAAGUCUAUUGGUUUCGUGUUGCACAAUACUUUGCUGGAUCUUUGGGAGCCUAUUGGUUUUGUGUUGCACAAUCCUAAAGACGUGUCGGCGGGGUGAACAGUGGUUGUUGUAUCGUUAGGAGCGAUUGCUGGAGCUUCGCACGUGGAGAGAUAAUUUUGCUUCUAAGAGAGUGCUUAGCACGUCUUGAUUCGCAGGCCUCAUAUGGCCUUUUCUUGUCUAUAGUAUCUGCUAUUUAUUUCUUUGUUUGUAUUUUUCAAAAUUGAAGUUAACAUUGUUUUCAUUUUAAA